GAUAUGUCUUCCAUCCCUAAUUUUGAUUUGGUUUGCGGGAUUUGCGAUUGCGAUUUGCAUUUGGUAACAAGAAGUCUGGUUCUGACUCUCUCUCUUCGAAGAAGUAAGAUAAAAAAGCUCGUAAUUAAUUACGUACUUCAGUUUUUCAGUAGCCAAUUUGAAUAAGAAUGAACUACAACGCUAGUAGUCGCAUCCGUAAGUUUUAAAAAUAAGUUGGACGUGGCGUUUCAUGAUCAGAUGUUUGCUCAGACAUUAGGUUCAGGUCCAAAAAAGCCCAAACGAGUAAGCGACGUAAACGCCAUGGGUGCGCCGGUAGCGAGUUCAUUUGAUCAAACAAUGCAACCUGUUACAGGCAGUAUUGGCUUCGUUCCUCCAAACGCCGGAGCAAGUUCAUACAUGUCGAACAAUACAUAUGAGUUUCAACAAUACGCAAGCUAUCCCGAAGUCUCACAGCAAACGCAUGUGCCACAACGAUCAACUAUGCCUUCAAAUCAACAGCCCGGAGUCGAUCCAGGGUUCCCAAGUCAGUUUGUAGUUUUUCAACAACCAAUUGUGCAAGAUAUGGCAUUGCAGUAUGGUCAGAAAUUAGCUGACCAGGGUAAAGUCCUCAUGAACACCCAAUUCGAAAAAUAUGUUCCAGUCACUAAACUUAAGUACUAUUUUGCGGUUGAUAACAAGUACGUUAUCAACAAACUCAGGCUAAUAUUUUUCCCUUUUUCUCAGCUGGAUUGGUCCCUAAAAUACGACCAUGACAAUCCGGUUCAACCGCGAUACGAUAUAAAUGCUCCGGAUUUGUAUAUACCAACCAUGGCAUAUAUUACGUAUGUUGUUCUGGCUGGGUUGGUGCUAGGAUUUCAAAACCGUUUCUCUCCAGAACAAUUAGGAAUUCAAGCAUCCAGUGCAUUAGCAUACAGUAUUUUUGAGUUAGUAAUAUAUAUGCUGACACUUUAUAUUGCUAAUAUAUCAACGACGUUGAAGACUCUGGAUUUGUUGGCUCUCAGCGGUUAUAAAUAUGCAUCAAUUGUUCUAAUUCUAUUGUGCAGUAUAUUUCUUAAAAAAAUCGGCUAUUAUCUUUCGUGGUUGUAUACCAGUGCUAGCCUUGCCUUCUUUUUGCUACGUACACUGAAGGCUAAAGUACUGUCGGAACCAGCACAAACCCAUGAGCCACCAUCUUAUGAUCCAUACCGUCAGCAACAGCAGCAAUUUGAACACAAUAUUGGUCGCAAGAGAAAACUCUAUUUCUUGUUUCUGGUUACCGGGUUGCAGCCACUGUUGGCAUUUUGGUUGUCCAUGCAUUUAAUUCCUAAUGAUGUUGCUCCAUCAAUAGUUAACUGAAUUCCAGUGGUAUGUUGUUGAAUUGUGUUUACAAAAUAUGAUCCAGAAGUUUGGUUCACAUUUUUAUUAAUCACUAUAUAAAAAUAAAUAAAAUAAUCGAUG